AUGUUCCCCUGGAAUCAACACAGCAUUCAGAGCACAGUACAAGUACCUGUUGGCCCUGAAAACACACAGCAUCCACCACAGCAGCACCGUUCAUGUCCUACCAACACCCAGCACCCAACAUCCAGCACCCAGCACCCAACACCCAGCACCCAACACCCUGCACCCAACACCCUGCACCCUGCACCCGACACCCAGCACCCGACACCCAAAACCCAGCACCCAACACUCAGCACCCAACACCCACACCCAACACCCAGCACCCAACACUCAGCACCCAACACCCAGCACCCAACACUCAGCACCCAACACCCAGCACCCAACACCCAACACUCAGCACCCAACACCCAACACCUAGCACCCAACACCCAGCACCCAACACUCAGCACCCAACACCCAGCAUCCAACACCCAGCACCCAACACUCAGCACCCAACACCAGCACCAACCCACCCUGCACCCAGCACCCGACACCCAGCACCCAACACUCAGCACCCAACACCCAGCACCCAACGCCCAGCACCCAACAUCCAACACCCAGCGCCCAGCACCCAACGCCCAGUACCCAACAUCCAACACCCAGCGCCCAACACCCAGCACUCAACGCCCAGCACCCAACGCCCAGGACCCAACACCCAGCACCCAACACCCAGCACCCAACGCCCAGCACCCAGCACCCCUGUCCAAAAGGUUCAGAAAAAAGGGAGCAAAAUGA